AUGGAUGACGCGAACGAAAGAGAAGAUAUACUGAGACGAGCGUUUGUUUGGGAUGAUAGCAGCAGCAGCACUUCCGAAAGCGAAUCGGAAGAUGAUGCGACGCAUUACCGCGUUUUCCGCUGUCAGCUGUGUGGCCAGGCUAUCGGCGAGGGCUCAAAAAGCAAAAAAUCGAAUUCGAGAGCCCUCGUCAUGCCAUGCGGGCAUCAGUUUCACAAAAAGUGCCUAAAGAAGCACAAGGUGAAAGUGCCUGGCGAUUGCCCAGUGGUUCGGUGUAAAAAAUCCGGCAAAGUCGAUCCGGCCACAUGGAUAAAAUUGAGAGGUGGCACGACGGAGAUUUCGAGAUGGGCCAACGAAGACAACGAGUCGCUGAGGGAAAGAUUGCGGGACGCGGAAAGACAGGUACGAUCGUUGAUUGAGCAAAACGAGUCGCUCAUGAGAAAUACGCCAAGAACUGAAAUGGAGCUACGAGAACGCGAGCUGAAAAUUGCAAUCGACGAAGCGGUGCGUCUGCGUAAAGAAUUAGACGAGCUGCAGGCUACCGCUACCGCACUUGCUGAUCGGAAUCGUGUCCUCCUACUAGCGCAUGAAGGCAAGGAAGAGCCGACGCCAGAGGAGCUGGUGGAAGACGCCUACGCGAUCGAGAAAGAAAAACGAGACUUUGACAUGCGGUUCGAUGCUGAAAACAGAGCUAUCCGCGACAGGCGUUACCAGCAGUUCGAAGAAGCGUUGCGCGAGAACGACACGAGUUUCGAACAAGCAUUAAGCGCAAUAAGUCGAGCGCGUAGCUUCAAUCAUAUUGAAGACCACCGUGUCAUGAUGCUGUUAGACCUAGAUCGCCAAGCAGAGGAGCGCGAGAUUACCUUGACUGAGAUACUCGAUGGUUUGGACGUUGUGCCGGUAUUAGGAGGUGUCGAGCUGCCGGUCGCUAUGCAAAUGAUCGGUUUGAACAGCCGCUUAGAGCAGCUGUCAAUUUCUUACGAAGACAUCUUCGAGCUGUUGAACAACGAGACCGAACGAGCACGUAUCACCGCGAGGCGGUUGCAAAGACAAGCGGAAGCGAAGCCAUCUACGAGCGAGGAGCCUGUAAUCGACGAGCAGCCCGAAGCAAUAAAAAUAGAGGCGGUAGAGCAGCCAAUAGAAAACGAGAAGCCACCGACGCCAAGUGUUGUUAUUCCGGUCCUGUCGCCCGAGGUUAUCUCGAACGUUAACAGAAGAGCCUCGUUAAGCUACGAAAGCGUCGAAGACUUGAGUACUCCGAAUUCGGGUAAGAAUAGCGAAGUAAGCCCUCCAGCUGACGAAAGAGUGUCGAGACGUGCUACACGAAAGAGAACGAGUGAGAGUGCGUCGGCCGAGAGCUCUGCGUCCAAAAAGUCCCGUAAUAGUGAUAUUUCCGAUGAUGUAUUAAUUGCAUCUUUAAAACUGUGUUUAGAAAGAGCAAGUAGAGACAAUUUACGUGGCGAAAUUCAGAGGCUACUAGAUAUGCGAGGAGUGGCCGAGAAUGACGCGAAAUCGAACCCCGAUGAGUCAGAAAACCUGAUCCGAAAAACUCUGCUCGAAGCGAAGGUGAAGAAACAAGAGUCGACACCGAAACUAGAGAAGCGGCCAGCGGAUGCUGAGGCGGGUACGCCAGCCUCGGGCGCUGACAGCAGCUUACGUAAAAGUGAGUCUCGUUCGAGCCGAAAGAGUACGACUGCGGAAGGUUCGUCGUCAAAAAAAUCCACCGAGUCGAGCACGUCGAAAUCGGGCGUUUCCGGUGUUGAAUCGAUUAAACGAAGCAGAUCGAGGAGCAGCUCGUCGAGUAGCUCCGAUUCCAGUUCUUCAAGCUCGUCACCCCCGAAAAGACCUCGGCGUAAAGCCGCAGCAAAAAGAGAAGCUCCGGCGAAGAAGAAAUCAGUGUCAAAAAAGAAAAAGCCGACGCCGCCAAAGAAGAAACCGGCUGCGAAGAAGAAGGCUCCGGCACAAAAGAGAACGACGAAAGAGAAAUCUUCGACGAAAGAGGAGCCCUCUGUGGAAAAAGAAAUAACCCCUGAACGAGUAGCUGAAGGAGUCCAAACGAGGAGUAAGACGCGCAGCGAAUCGAAGUCGGUGGAGGAGGGCGAAGUUACUCAAUCAAGCCAAGAGGUGCUUGAGCUAGUAGCGAGUCCGAAUGAAGUGGAGGAUCUCGCAGCGAGUACGCCACCGCCGCCGCCGAGCGGCCCAGCUCCGGCGCAGCCGCCGCCACCACCAAGUCCGGUGCUACGAGAUCAGGCACCGGGCAUUGCUCAGGCAAACCCGCAGGAAAGAGCGCGGCUAGAGCUGAUAGAAAGGGAGGCGCAGUUCCGUCAUAAUAUCGAAGAAAUGAUGCGCGAGUUCGAUCGACAAAACGCGAACGCCCAGGCAGGCUAUAUGGAGCCCAUGCCUAUCGAAGAGUGUUUCACUCCGCCAGAGCAGUGA